AUGACUCUCUAUAGAAUUUAUCGACUAAUUCAAGAUGUGAGAAGAAAUUCUUGCAAAUGUUGUAUAGAUAUUUAUUAUACAAAAAGGAUACCCAGAAUUUUCAUAAAUCAAAGGUUUUCAAGGACAUAUGCUUCAAAUAUAAGUACAAAUCAAUAUAAAGAUAGUUCUUGGUAUUCAUUUAUAAAACAACAGAAAUGGUCUAUUCCUGUUGGAGUUGGAGUAUCAUUACUGACAGUGUUACAAUGGAGACAUUUGAAAAAAUAUCCUAAUACAACUGAGGACAACAAUGUGUAUGACUCAAUCAAUAUUUUUGUGGUAAAAUGUUAUUAUUUUUUGCCAUUUCGAAUAAUAAGUAGAAUAUGGGGUUGGAUAGCCAGUUUGGAAUUGCCAGUUAGGUUAAGACCAAUCUUAUAUGGAUUUUAUGCAAAGACAUUUGAUGCUAAUUUAGAUGAAAUUGACUUAGACUUAUCAGCAUUUCCAAGUCUUGUAGAUUUUUUUGUUAGACCUCUCAAAUGUGAUGCAAGACCUAUUGAUCAAAAUACAAAUAUAGUUUCACCUUCUGAUGGGAAAGUAUUAUAUUUUGGACCAGUAACUUCCUGUUAUGUACAACAAGUAAAAGGUGUAACUUAUAAUCUUAAACACUUCUUAGGUGACAUAAGUACAUCUUACUCUGAUGAGUCAUCCAAAUGUACAGAAGAAGAUGAUAGUGCUUAUAUAAAGUCUCUUCUAAAAAAUCCAAUGAAUCAACUUUAUCAACUAACAGUAUAUCUUGCUCCAGGAGAUUAUCAUAGAUUUCAUAGUCCUACUGACUGGGAAAUAGAAUUUCGUAGGCACUUCCAAGGAAAGCUCUUAAGUGUUAAUCCUAAAGUAGCCCAGUAUCUACCAGAUUUAUUUUCGUUAAACGAACGUGUAAUAUAUAUUGGAAAAUGGGCUGGUGGUUUUAUGGCUUAUACAGCAGUUGGAGCCACAAAUGUAGGUUCUAUAAAAGUUUACUGUGAUAAAGAUCUACAUACAAACACUAUUAAGUGGCCUGAAGCAAAGCAUUGGAAAGAUGCUAGUUUAGGUUGUACACAUUUAAACAAAGGAGAAUUAUUUGGUGAAUUUAGAAUGGGAUCUACUGUUGUACUACUAUUUGAAGCUCCAAAAGAUUUUGAAUUUUGCUUAAAUGUAGGACAAACAAUAAAAAUGGGUCAAGGUUUGAGUGAAUGUGCCGUUGGAGAGGCCAAAAAACAAUACACACAUUCAUUAUGA